GCAGGCCUUUUGUGAUCAAAGCAAGACUCUUUCUACUACUACUACUACUACUACUGAACCUCAAGUUCAUUGAUCAGCUAUCCAAUAACUUAUACUCGGAUGAAUUCGAUAACAACCACAGUGCCCCUUAGGGCAGCUUCACUUCCGAAGUCCUACCUGCACCUCACAAUCCGAGGAUGCACAGGUUCUGUUGCCACAGCUGGACUACGAUGCAGCGGUCCAUUGCUAGCGAGCAAAAUCAACCACCAGAACACCAAGCGUUUCAUCUCAUCGACACCGCACACACAAACGAAGGAAUUCUUUCCUCCACCAACUGCGCCUCACAUCAAGGAGGUAGAGACAGCUUGGGCCCACCCUGUUUAUACCGAAGAACAGAUGCGCCACGUCACAGUUGCUCACCGGGAAACAAAGGACUGGGCAGACUGGGUAGCACUCAGCACCGUUCGAUUGCUCCGAUGGGGCAUGGACUUCGUAACCGGGUACCGACAUCCUCCUCCGGGCAAAGAACAUGAGGCCAAGUUCCAGAUGACCGAGCAGAAAUGGCUCACUCGAUUCGUCUUCCUGGAGAGUGUUGCUGGUGUACCAGGAAUGGUUGGAGGCAUGUUGAGACAUCUAAGAAGCCUGAGACGGAUGAAGAGGGACAAUGGAUGGAUCGAAACUCUGCUCGAGGAGGCAUACAAUGAGCGCAUGCACUUGCUCACCUUCUUGAAAGUCGCCGAGCCAGGGUGGUUUAUGCGACUCAUGGUCCUUGGCGCACAAGGCGUCUUCUUCAACGGCUUCUUCCUCUCCUAUCUCAUGUCGCCGCGCAUCUGCCACCGAUUCGUUGGUUACCUUGAAGAAGAGGCAGUGAUCACCUACACUCGAGCGAUUCAAGACAUCGACCACGGGAAACUCCCCAAGUGGACAAACUUGGAAGCCCCGGAGAUUGCCGUCCAAUACUGGAAGAUGCCUGAGGGCCAACGGACUAUGAAGGACCUGCUGAUGUAUGUCCGCGCAGAUGAGGCCAAGCACCGCGAGGUGAACCACACAUUAGGAAACCUGAAUCAAGCCGCAGACCCAAAUCCGUACUCGGUCAAGUACAAGGACCCAAGCAAAGCCCAUCCUGGCAAGGGCAUUGCGAAUUUGAAAGCAACGGGGUGGGAGAGAGAAGAAGUGAUUUGAGUGUCGUCAUUCACAUUAAGGACCGUGUGCGAAAGUUUUUAUCUCUCUUUCUCUUUUUUCCUUUCUUAUUUUCUUUGUAUUUUUUUUUUUUUUCUUUCUACUUGUAUAGCACCUAGCAGGACUGGCCGUGCUGAAGCAAGUUUGUUUUAUUAUGGGAUUUCAUUGUGCCCGGCGCACGUCUUUUUCAGGCGCAAUGAUUGUUGCAAAGCACAUAUUUAUUGGCAUAAGGACAGAUUGUAAAUAGAAUAUAGAACUCCUCUUCUUGAAUAUGUUUGCCUAGAGUGGACGAAUCAUUGCCGUUUUGAAGCCA